AUGGCUUUGAUGCGAAGGAAGGCUGGUAACGGCAUCAAGAAGGGCUCCGUGUCACAAGUGAACGUUGCUGCCAAAGAUGCGCCGGCUGUACAGGACAAAACUCGUCACGUGGUGUCUUACUCUUAUAGUAAAAACCAGACGGUGCUCGUCGAGUAUGUGGCUGAUCCAUUUAAGGACAUGUUCCAGAUUGGACGUUCGUCAGAAGAACAAAUUGAUUUCACGAUUGUCGACACAUGGCUUGCGUCGGGCUCACAGAUAGCUUCUUCUUCAGGUAUGAUUGAGUUCGAUAGAUUUUCAAUCCUCUGCGGAAUAACUGGUUUCAACGGCGUAUUGCGAGCAACUGAAUCCUUUCGAUAG